AUGAACAGCGGCUUGUGCCUGUGCGUGCUGAUGGGUCUGGCGGCGGGCGCCCUGGCGAAGCCCGUGCCUCCCGCGGACCCCACGGGCUCCCGGGCUCAGCAGGAGGAGGGGGCGCCCCGGAGGCAGCUGAGGGCGGUGCAGAGGGUGGACGACGAGCCCCGAGCGCACCUGGGCGCGCUGCUGGCCAGGUACAUCCAGCAGGCUCGGAAAGCUCCCUCUGGCCGAAUGUCUGUGAUUAAGAACCUGCAGAACCUGGACCCCAGCCACAGGAUAAGCGAUCGGGACUACAUGGGCUGGAUGGAUUUUGGCCGGCGCAGCGCUGAGGAGUACGAGUACGCCUCCUAGGAGACCCGGCCUUGGUCAGCGCAGCAGGAAGCCACCUCCUGACUCAGGAGGCAGAAUAAGGAAACAAUCCCGUUCAUAACUCGUUGUUUCUGAAGUCUGACAUUUAAAGUAUCUAUUUAUUGAGUUUUCAGUGUGAAAAAGCUGUCUGUGAGAUUGUCCAACGCAACCACGCACCUCAGCAGAAACGUACAAAUGGAAGACAAAACAUUCCUCUCAUCUGUGACUCCUGGUCCUAAAGUGUUGCUAUGCUAUUAAAGUGAUUUCAUUCUG